AUGAGGCAGCAGUCGGAGGUUUCGCGGGGAGCGUCCACAGCACCCGUUCCCGUCGGUAUGCUAUCUUGCUCUCGAAUUCGGCUCACGCUCAAAGCCUCAGUCUCUAAUUUUCUCAUCAGUCGACAUACAGGAAAACGAGAUGUCGGCGUCGCCGGACAGGCCAGCUGGGUUAGCAGCGUUAUCAAUCUGCUGAACACAAUCGUGGGCGCCGGAGUUUUAGCGAUGCCUCAUGCCAUUUCGCGGAUGGGAAUUACGCUGGGCGUGUUUGUGAUACUCUGGUCUGGAUUAGCUGCUGGGUUUGGGCUGUAUCUACAAGCGAGAUGUGCUGAAUAUUUGGAGAGAGGAUCCGCGUCUUUUUUCGCCUUAUCCCAGAUCACGUAUCCAAAUGCAGCGGUUCUGUUUGAUGCGGCCAUUGCUAUCAAAUGCUUCGGUGUUGGCGUCAGUUAUUUGAUUAUUAUCGGCGAUCUCAUGCCCGGAGUGGUGAUGGGGUUUGCGGGAGAUACAGGCUUCGAUUUUCUCUUGGACCGCCAUUUUUGGGUUACGGCUUUUAUGUUGGUUAUCAUUCCCAUCUCUUUUCUGCGUCGACUGGACUCGUUGAAAUACACAAGCGUUGUUGCCCUAAUAUCGAUUGGAUAUCUCGUUAUUCUCGUCGUUGCACAUUUCAUUAAAGGGGACACUAUGGAAAAUAGGAGUCCCAUCAGGGUGAUUGAAUGGGAGGGCAUCAUACCAACGUUGAGCGUCUUUCCCGUCAUCGUUUUCGCGUAUACCUGCCAUCAGAAUAUGUUUUCUAUUCUUAAUGAGAUCUCGAAUAACAGCCACUUUCGAACUACCAGUGUGAUUGCGGCAAGUAUCGGCACUGCCGCGUCCACCUACAUCCUCGUGGGUAUCACAGGAUACCUAUCCUUUGGCGACGCCAUCCAAGGGAACAUCGUCGGGAUGUAUGCUCCAUCCCUAUCUUCAAACAUUGCCCGUGCCGCAAUUGUCGUUUUAGUCAUGUUCUCCUACCCCCUGCAGGUCCAUCCCUGCCGGGCAUCCGUUGAUGCCGUCCUGAAAUGGCGAUGGAAUUCAAAGGCCUCCCGUGGCUCGUCAAACGUCUCGCCGAACCGUAACCCACUUUUGCCCCGUCCUAACAGGCAACCUGAAGAAAUGGGCGACACCCGCUUUGCUGCCAUUACAACCGUCAUCAUCGUUUUAAGUUAUAUCGUCGCAAUGACGGUUUCCUCCCUCGAAGCCGUCCUCGCGUAUGUGGGGAGCACUGGAAGUACUAGCAUCAGCUUCAUCCUCCCCGGUCUAUUCUACUACAAGAUCUCCUCGCCGGAAUCGGCCCUUCAUCAACGAAUCAUGAAAGAGGACGACGAAGCCGGUGCCGACGACUUUUCCGAUGAUUCUGUCGAUGAGGAUGUCGGUGGCGGCCUCCUCAGCGGAAGCGGACUUCUCUCGUCUAGUGGCCUUUUACGACGGAAUCGAAGACACUGGAAACGGGGCCUUCUCCGUAAACUCAGCUUGGCGCUGGCAGUGUACGGAGUCGUGGUUAUGACCGUUUGCCUUGUCACGAAUACGUUCUUCUUGGCCACGAAGAAAUCGUGA